UGCAUCAGACUGGGCCUGAGGGGCUGGAGCCAGACUGUGGGCUGAGGAGGAGACGUGGCUUUAUAAGUUGAGGCCAGUGAACUGGGAGGUGUCAGCAAACCAGACACAAACAAAACUUUAGAAGACGGGAGAGGGAGAGACAGACAGACAGAGACAGAUAGAUAGACAUUAUGGCCACCUUCCCAAGAGCAGCCAGCCCGUCCAGGCAGCCCCCAGGCCCAGAGGAUGAAGAUGCCAUCCUAGAUGAGUACGACCUCUACAGCCUGGCUCAUUCUUACCCGGGAAUGGGAGGCCGGAAAGGUCGCAGCAAGAGAGAAGCCGCCAUCAACACCAACCGCCACAGCCCUGGUGGGCACGAGAGGAAGCUGGUGACCAAGCUUCAGAACACGGAGCGGAAAAAGCGAGGGGCACGGCCCUGAGACAGGACUGGAGAUGAGGCCAGAGGACGGACACCCACAGCAAUGGAAAUAGGACUGAGGCGGAACCAGCCCUGGGGGUGAGAUCCAGGCCUGCUUGCCACACCCAAGCCCCAGGACUUAACCCCACCUGACUGAGGCUCCAGGGGCGCCACGGAAGAAGCACCCCCGGCCCUAGAGAAAGGACAAGAUGGGGAGCAAGAGGCAGAGAAUAGACAGAGGCAGAGUCAAGAAGGUACCUCCCCCCAAAAAGAAGAAACCGGAGCUCCCCAGGGUGAUGGUGGCAAUAAACAAAGUGUAGCAGCUGC